AAUCACAUUACAUCAUCAUUUAAAUGCACUGUUGACAAUUGGGUUCAGUUUCAAGUACUUGGUUGAUCUGGAAUGCUCUACAUAAGCAAUAAUUUUAUAAAUUCUUAUUCUGCUUGAGUAAUUUGAAUAUAAAGAAAGAUAUCUUACUAUUCCGUAAAUUAAGUUUUGAAUUUCUAUAUUCAUUUAAACUUUACGUUAUCGAAUGCUACCAAAAAGUUGUAUGGACGAGAAGGAGGAAGACAUAGACGUUUCGACGGCUUUAUCAUCACGAGUAAAUGACAAUAACCAAAAUCUGGACCAGUACUUGGAAAUGCCCACGUUAACAAAGAAAUCCGCUGCACUUAACGAAACUGCUGCGCCUACUCAAAAUAGCCAGAGCAAAAGAGUAAUUCUAAAUGUGGGCGGAGAACGUCAUGAAAUGCUUUGGACCAAUUUGAAUCGUCAUAAGAACACUCGGCUUGGACAACUGAAAGCACGGAUCGACCAAUCCAAUAUUCUGGACCUUUGUGAUGAUUACUGUCGCGAAAAGAAUGAAUAUUAUUGGGACCGAUCUUCGCAAUCUUUUUCUCUGAUUCUGAACCUGUAUCGUAAAAACAAGAUUCACUUGCCCGAUGACUUUUGUGCUAUGGAUUUUGCCGAAGAAUUGCAAUAUUGGGGGAUUGAUGAUGUCCAUCUAGACUCGUGUUGCGGUGUGAAGUAUACGCAAAAGGUGGAACACAUACAAGAUCAGAUGAAGAAAGAUAAGGCGUACUUCUCGAUUAAGGAAGACGAUUUUGGACAUGGGGCAACUGCAUGGCAUCGCUCCUGGGUGUGGGAUUUGUUUGAAAAGUCGAAAACUAUUCCACAAAAGGCUGUUGGAACGUUUUCCAUCACCAUGAUUGUCCUGUCCAUCAUGACUCUGUGUUUGUCUACUAUUGGAGAUCUUCAUGAAUAUCGCUGUAAACACGAAAAUGUAACUCUUUGUGAGGAGCUUUUACAAAGUAGUUACGCCACCACAGAUUUGGAUGACUUUGAGCAAAUUGACAAUCCAAUCUUUUACAUUUUAGAACUUGGUUGUGUCAUUUGGUUUACGAUUGAAUAUUUGUUAAAGAUGUUUGCAGCUCCCAGCAAACCUGCGUUUUUCCGCAGUUGGUUAAAUGGUAUCGAUUUGUUGGCCAUUGUUCCAUUUUAUGUUUCGCUUAUUCUUGUCCAAAAUGGUAUGAGUGGACAAUGGUUGCAAAUGCUAAGGGCGAUUAGAAUCAUGAGGAUUUUUAAAUUGGUCCGACAUUCGACAGGGUUGCAAUGUCUGGGCUAUACGUUGAGGCACAGUUACCAAUAUUUGGGGGUUCUGCUUCUGUUCCUUAGCAUGGGCGUCAUCAUAUUUUCCACUUUGGCAUAUUUUGCAGAAAACGGUGUAAAUCCAGAAGGUUUUGAAUCAAUACCCCAGUCGUUCUACUGGGCAUUGAUAACCAUGACGACGAUUGGGUACGGUGACAUUUCACCGGUAAGCAUUCUUGGAAAAGUAAUUGCAAGUUUGACUGGGAUAUGUGGCGUGGUUGCUAUUGCUCUACCAAUUCCGACUGUGGUGAAUAAUUUUACAAAAUUUUACGAAGAACAUAAAAGACAACAAAGAGCUUUAAAGAGGCAAAAGGCUCGGCUCAAGAUGAAGAGUAAUUCAGUCCAAUUAAUGAUUCCUAUGAGUGAACAAAUGAGCAAAUGAUACAGCAUAUCAUAUUGCUUAUACACAUAUGUACAUAUUAAUUAUACAUACGUACUUAUUACUAAUUAUGCAAAAUUUUACCUCAAGUUAUUGACGCUUAUAAAUAUGUACUAUUAGUUGACAAUAUCAACUUGAUAUGCUAGGAUACUAUUCUUAAGUAUUUAAUUGUAGGAUUAGUUGAUGUCAUAGAAGAGUAUCGAUUAAAACAUUGUACAAAUUAAA